UGUGUGUCGUUUGGACUGACGUGUAAACGAUGCUUCACAGAGAUGUACAACAAGAGACAACUACGACUCAAUGUUACACCAACAACAAUCGAUAAACUAUCGCCCGACGCUGGUGUGGAGUUGUAUCACGACUAUAUAAAGGACAUCAAGAACCUACCGCCAACAUUGACCAGGUUGGUCGUGGGCAGCAGAUACAAGAAACGAAUUAUGCCCAAUGUACUGCCCGCGUCACUCACCUCGUUGACCCUACACUGUCAGCUCAACUAUGAGCUGGCACAAGGUGAUCUACCAUCGACCCUCAAGACCUUGGACCUGCGACGAUUCAAUACAAUCACGAAGCAAGUUCUGCAGCCAGGCAUCCUACCAUCGUCGCUCACCUCGUUGACCUUUGGAUCAGGGUUCAAUCAAGAUUUGAUGCCAGGACUACUGCCAGCGUCACUCAGAACAUUGGUGGUUGGUCACACGUUCAAUCAUGCGCUGGAGCAACGAUCACUACCGCCAGCAUUGACCAACCUGGCGCUUGGCCAAUUUUUCAACCAGGAGAUCAAAGUGGGCGUGUUGCCUGCCACCUUGCUCACUCUUUCAUUCACCGAUCAAUCAAGGUUUGAUAAAGAGUUGAUGCCUGGUGUGCUCCCCGACUCGCUAGUGUCUCUGACUCUGAGCAACGCGUUCAAUCAGAUGUUCCGAGCAGGUGCACUACCUCCAGCACUCACCUCAUUGUCGUUUAUCGACUCGUCAAAGUUCAACAGAGCAUUCCUACCCGGUGUACUGCCACGCUCACUAUUGACACUUGACCUUGGUGCAUCGUUCAAUCAAGUGGUCGAUGUUGGUGACCUGCCCCCAACCCUUCGCAAACUCAACCUGGGUAAUAGCUUCAAUCAACCGAUACCACCGAGUGUCCUACCCAACUCCUUGACCCGGUUGGAGAUUGGAUAUGCCUUCAAACAGAUGCUAAUGUCAUUGCCCAGCUCGCUCGUCCAUUUGACCUUGUCUUCCACGUACAACGAUUGUCUUGUCGUCGGGUCCCUGCCAACAACGUUAAAGACACUGGCGUUUGGUGGGGCUUUCAAUCAUCCGAUCCCCGUUGGUUAUCUACCCGACUCACUGAGGGAACUGUCAUUCGCCAAUGAUAACCUAGGCAGACAUUCAUUCAAUCAGAUCAUCACGCCCAACAGUCUGCCAACGUCACUCCUCUCCCUGUCAUUCAGUGACAAGUAUGACAGACCGAUCCAACCUGGUGACCUACCCAACUCACUCACAUCGUUGGUCUUUGGCGACAACUUCAAUCAAGAGAUCAAGACUGAUGUGUUGCCAACAUCACUUCAAACGUUGGUCUUUGGCGAGACGUUCAAUCGAUCAAUUCCAAAAAGGAUGUUGCCCGCGUCGCUCACCUCGUUGACCAUUGGCCUCGGACAAAAGCUGACGGUCAAGUGUCCGAGUAGUUUGACCUAUCUGUCGAUCUACCAAUUCAAUCAAUUCAAGAAGGUCCACUUCCCGUCGUCACUCUGUUCACUUCACGUCUGCCAUGUCAGCACCAACGUCAUUAGACAGGAAGCAGUGCCAUCGUACAAGGAACACUUGUCAACUUUGAAACUGAUGGCAAGGACACCUUCUCUGGCAUCAAGUGCCAUAGACACUCGUCGUGCUACGUUCAUCAAGUCAAUCAUUCGUGGAUUCCCAUUGGUGGACACUUAUGACAUUGUCAACGGACCCAAUUGGAGUGUUAGGAUUCGUCGUCUUGGUCCAUAUCAUGCAUUAUUAUUAAUAAGUGAGAGUACAUUAUCAAAUGAUGACAAUGAUAAUGAUGAUGAUUAUGGUGAUGAUGACAACAGGAACAACAACAACAACAGAAAGGAAACUAUAUACUUCUUUACGACACAAUCACAAGCAGGACUAUUGGAAGAGUUAGAAGAGGAGAACAAGAGAUUGCAACAAGAGAAUGAUGAGAUGGCACAUUAUGUCGAUGAUCUACAAGCGUUGAAAGAAGAGAAUGAACAACUUAAAGCACGUCUGGUAGCGUUGGAAGGUGAUCGUCGACGAUCAAAGGCGGCCACUCCACCACCAAUGCCUCAAGCACUUCAACCAAAGACAAGACCACGUGCAUCAAAGCUACCAGCCACGGUUAUGCCAACUACAGUAGCAGUAGUACCAACAAAGCCACUAGAGACCAAGAAGUCAAUCACAAGAAGA